AUGUCUAGGUUUUCUUUGAAAGGGCGCACGGCACUGGUGACAGGAGGCGCUCGGGGCUGUGGACUCGCAUUCGCGCGGGGACUCGCCGAAGCUGGCGCCGAUGUAGCUGUAUUCGAUGUUGUUCCACCAGAGGAGGGAUUUCAUGCAAUUCAGAAGGACUGCGGUGUCCGAACUGCGUAUUACAAAGUCGAUGUCUCAUCCCAGGAGUCUUUGCAAGAAGGCUUCGCCGGUUUUCAGAAAGAUUUUGAUAAUGCUCUUGAUAUCUGCGUUCCAUGCGCCGGUAUUAAUCGACAUCUCCCAUUCCUGGAAUUUACCUACAAGGAUCAUCAGGAUCUACUAUCUAUCAACGUACUCGGACUUUACUUCACUGCCCAGCUUGCAGCCAAACAAAUGAUUGCGAACAAAACAAAACACGGGAGCAUAAUUCUCGUCGCUAGUAUGGCGAGCCAUAUCGCCGUACGAAGCCAUCUAUGUUCGGCUUAUUGUGGCACAAAGGGCGCAGUCAAGUCGAUGUGUCCUGCGAUUGCCAAGGAGCUGGCGGAAUAUGGUAUCCGGGUCAAUUCCAUCUCUCCCGGAUAUGUGAGAACGGAAAUGACGGCCGCGUUUUCCCAUCUCCUGGACGGCUGGAAAUCAGAAGCCAUGAACGGACGAAUUGCCGAACCAGCAGAUAUCAUGGGGGCGUGUGUAUUCCUCGCAAGUGACGCCAGUUCGUACAUGACCGGGUCGGAUAUUGUUGUGGACGACCAUGAAGGCUACAAAAUUGGUCCUGUCGAUGUUUCCACUACGGUUGUGGUGGUGGGCGCGGGACCAUCAGGGCUGAUGUUAGCAUGCAAUCUUGUUCGUUUUGGAAUCGCCGUGGUAAUUCUGGACGAUCGUCCCGACAAGACAUCCACAGGCAAGGCCGAUGGAAUGCAACCUAAGACCAUCGAAACAUUCAGACAACUUGGAUUGGCAGACCCAUUGCUGAAAAAUGGAGCUCGGGUGUAUGAUAUUUCCUUCUGGGAGUCAACAGCCAACGAGUCUCUGAGACGCACAGGUCGCAAAACCCAUUAUCCUGAGCACGUCGGUGCUUCCGACCCAUAUAUUCUGCUAGCACACCAAGGGAUGGUUGAGGAGGUCAUGAUCGACGACAUGGAGGCACGGGGCGUGUUCGUCAAGCGAAAUAGCAAGUUUUUGUCUUGUUCGCGCGUAGACGGGACCACCAAAUUGGAUAUUGUUUAUGAGGAUGUUACUACAAAUACUCUACACAAUAUCAGCGCGGAAUACCUGGUCGGAUGUGAUGGAGCUCGAUCUAAAGUUAGAUCCUUCAUCCCGGAUGCUGAACUUAAGGGAGAAUUAACGAAUGCAGCCUGGGGAGUACUCGAUGGCGUGAUCGAUACAAAUUUCCCUGAUCUAUGGAGCAAAGUCGCCUUGCGGUCUCAUUCCGCCGGAUCGAUCUUGUGGAUUCCGCGCGAGAAAGGUAUGACGCGAUUAUAUGUCGAGUUAAGUUCGACCGACGGGGAGCGAGUGGAAAAAUCAAAAGCCACAGCUGAAUAUGUCAUGAGCCGUGCUAGGGAGGCAAUGCAACCAUUCAGCCUAGAGUGGAAGACAGUCGAGUGGUUUGGAACAUACGUCGUAGGACAACGGGUUGCAAAACGCUUCAUGGAUUCAGAGGCAAAGAUAUUUAUUGCAGGUGAUGCGGGCCACUGUCACUCUGCUCUUGCAGCACAAGGUGCAAAUACCAGUAUGCACGAUAGCUUCAACCUGGCAUGGAAGCUCAACCUCCUCGUCCGCGGACUUGCCAAACCAUCUUUACUGCAGACCUACGAAGCAGAAAGACAAAAGAUUGCUUAUGAUCUCAUCAACUUUGAUGUCGAGCACUGCAAAGCAUUUGCAGCAGGCGAUGCAGAAUUGGCCAAGAACUUCGACGAUAAUAUUCGAUUCAUAUCCGGCGUUGGAGCCGAAUAUGCUCCAGGGAUGUUGACACAAGCUCCAGCCACAACAUCUUGUCUUCGGCCUGGAAUGCUCCAGCUUCCAGCCAAAGUCACUCGUUAUAUCGAUGCCAAUCCGGUUGAUAUUCAAUUGGAUGUUCCGCUGUUGGGUCAAUUUAAGAUCUAUAUUUUCGUGCCGGAUGUUAGCCGCUCAAAGACAUCGCUGAACUACAUCUGCCAACAAAUGCAAUCUCUUUUUACUGAUGUCGACGUGCGAGCAGAUCAGUCGUACCAGAAGCAUCCAAGAGGCCAUUCUCCGUCGGAUGAAUUUGUUCAAGCUCAACGCUACACUGCUGCUUCCAAUGCUUUUACUUUUGCGAUGGUCACCAAGUCUGCUCAGUCCGAUUUUGAGAUUGCCGACCUACCGGAGAUACUUCAGGCCAGUCGGUGGACUUUGUAUGUUGAUGAUAUCGGAGGGCCGAGUUGUACUACGAAGUGGUUUGGCGAUUUGAACAUGGAGCGGAUUGGAAUGGUUGUUGUGAGGCCCGAUGGAUAUGUUGGAGCCAUUGAUACUUGGGACGCCCAACAGGUUGGUGCCAUAGGACAUUGGUUGCAAGAUUAUCUCUCUUUCAUGGUGUAA